AUGGGUAUCAAGCACUUGUAUCAGCUCAUUGAGGAGCACACGCCCGAGGCCGUCAAGAAGGGAGAGAUCAAGAACCAAUUCGGUCGCAAAGUUGCUAUAUGUAGAUCUAUGAGCAUCUACAGCUUUCUCAUUGCAGUCCGAUCCGAUGGCCAACAACUCAUGAGCGAAACGGGUGAAACGACAUCACAUCUCAUGGGUCUCUUCUACCGCACCAUGCGCAUGGUCGACAAUGGAAUCAAGCCCCUAUACGUCUUCGAUGGCGCGCCGCCCAAGCUCAAAUCUGGUGAGCUUGCGAAGCGAUUCCAGCGCAAGACUGAAGCACACGCUGCGGCCGAGGAAGCAAAGGAGACGGGUACAGCAGAAGAUGUUGAGAAGUUCUCGCGGCGGACAGUCAGGGUGACGAGAGAGCACAACGAGGAGUGCCAGCGCUUGCUUAAGCUCAUGGGCAUCCCAUACAUUGUCGCGCCAACUGAAGCUGAGGCGCAGUGCGCCGCGCUGGCAAGGGGAGGAAAAGUCUAUGCUGCGGCAUCAGAGGAUAUGGACACUUUGACCUUUGAUACGCCAAUUCUGCUAAGGCAUCUGACCUUCAGUGAGCAGCGCAAAGAGCCCAUCCUGGAAAUACACUUGGACAAGGUGCUUGAAGGCUUGCAGAUGGAGCGGAAGCAGUUCAUCGAUCUCUGCAUUCUCCUCGGUUGCGAUUACCUUGAUCCCAUCAAGGGCAUUGGCCCCAGUACCGCUCUAAAACUUAUCCGCGAGCACAAUGAUCUGGAAGGAGUUGUCGAACACAUCAAGUCCCAAUCGUCCAAGAAACUCACCAUCCCUGAUGACUGGCCUUUUGCCGAUGCGCGCCUCCUCUUCUUGGAACCAGAUGUUCGCCCUGCCGAUGACCCAGAAUGCGACUUCAAGUGGGAAGCCCCAGAUGUUGAAGGACUGGUCAAAUUCCUUGUCGAAGAGAAGCACUUCAAUGAAGACAGGGUGCGCAAUGGAGCAGCCAAGUUGCAAAAGAACAUGAAGACGGCACAACAGAGCAGGCUGGAGGGCUUCUUCAAGCCGAUUGAGAAGACGGCUGAACAAAAGGCAACAUUGAAGCGCAAGGCAGAUGAGAAGCUCGAAGAGAAAAAGAAGAAGCAAAAGGUAGAUGCAAAGGCCAAGAAGCAGGCCAAGGCCAAACCGAGGACUGCUGGUUAG